AAGUCAAAAAUAACGUUUGAAGAUGCUAUUAAAAGUAAAGCUGACAAAGAUGAACUUGACGCAACGAACAAAGUUUUGAAAUCUCAUAAACACAACAUCUCCGAUAUAAAUGAACUUCAAACUUCUUUAGACAGUAAAGCCGACAAGAACCAUACACAUAAAUCCUUCACUACUGUUAGAGCAGACGACAUAAUAUUGAACUUUGACCUUGGUUCAAGUGCACCUUUAGAGAAUCCAAGUACAAGCGUAAAAGAUACACUAAACUCCUUAAAUAGUAAAUGUAUGAACAUUGAAGGUCAUGUCAGAAACUUUGAAACACAUGAACUACCAGCAAUGUUAGAUAAGAAAGCAGAUAAGAACCAUACACAUGAUUUCUUCACAACUGUUGGUAUAGAAAGUAUUGAAGGAACGGUUGAAGGAACUGGUGGGGAUGCAUUAUAUUGGAAACCUCCUAACUUUCCACAAGGUUUAACAUCGGAGGAAAACAUAACGACGAUGAAAUACAUUAGAUGUAGAAAUGUUUAUGUCAUGGAGGAUGAAAAUAAUGUUAAAUUCACUGCUCAAGAUUUAUAUGAUAAGAAAGCUGACAAGAACCAUACACAUAAAUCCUUCACUACUGUUAGAGCAGACGACAUAAUAUUGAACUUUGACCUUGGUUCAAGUGCACCAUUAGAAAAUCCAAGUACAAGCGUAAAAGAUACUCUUAACAAUUUAGAUAAGAGUUGCAGGAAUACCGAAGAUCAUGUCAGAAACUUUGAAGCAUAUGAACUACCAGCAAUGUUAGAUAAGAAAGCUGACAAAACAGAGCUUCAAACAUUAAAGACAGAAAUACUUCAAACAUUAUAUCCUAUAGGUUCUAUUUAUACGUCAAUGAACUCAACAAAUCCAGCAACAGUUCUGGGUUUCGGUACGUGGGAACAGAUUGUAGAUAAAUUCUUAUACUGUGCUAGAUAUUCAAAGCAAACAGGAGGUUCGAAGAAAAUUACUGAAGCAAACCUUCCACCGCACACUCAUACAGGAACGACAAACUUUUCUGGCGACCAUAGCCACUCAUUAAGAGACCACCCAUUAUACAACUCAGAGUAUGAAGCUGGCAAUGACGUUUUAUCUCCAUCUUAUAACAAUGCAGCAAAAAAGACUUUUCGACCAACUGAACCAGGAGGAAAUCAUUCACAUACUUUCACAACAAAUCCAACAGGCUUGGGUGCAGAUUACAUGCCACCAUUUGUGACUGUAUUUGCAUGGUACCGCGUUCAAUGA